AGCGGUCGAAACGGUAAGCCAGACACCCUUUUAUCCAUUCACGAAUUAUGCCUAUAAAGAAGCCACAACGCAGUGCUGUAAUUUCAUCGCACAAAGAUGGAGAUUAAGGCAGACGAUUGCUUUCACGAAGCCAAAUUUGUGGAUCAAAAUGGCCACCUACGAGCCACCAGAAUCCCGGUGGUGCAAGAGCUUGCUCUCAGAGGCGUAAAAGACUUGCCGAAGAGGUUCAUAAAGGAUGUCCCUCCAUGUGUUCGACAACAUGCUGAGCCGAAGACGCUCCCGUCAAUCGACGUGGGGAAGCUCAGAACGCUGCCGCUGGAGUCGGAGGCACGAGCUCGGGAGCUGGAAAAGCUCGCCGCCGCCGCGGCGGAAUGGGGGAUGUUCGUGAUAGAGAAUCAUGGGCUGGAAUCUUCGGUCUUGGACGGCGUUAAGGAUGUGGUGAAAGGAUUCUUUGGGCUGUCGUUUGAGGAAAAGAGGGCAAGCGUCGGAACGUACAUGGACCCGGAUAACAUGGGUUAUGGCCGGAAUUUCGUGAAGUCGGAGGAGCAGCCGUUGGAUUGGGUUGAUCGGUUGACCAUGAAGGCAGCGCCGGCGGAAGCCAGCCGGGGACUCCGCGUUUGGCCUGAAAACCCACCCAAUUUCAGGAAAGUGAUGGAGAAAUACGUAGAGGACGCAAGAAAGGUCUGCGAUUGCUUACUGGAAGCCAUUGCAGAAGCGUUAUCACUAGAAAGCCGCCAUUCUCUCCUCCGCAGCUUCGAUCCCGUCGACAGCCAGAUCAGAGUAAGGAUCAACUACUACCCGCCAUGUCCGAGGCCGGACUUAGCGUCGGGCUUGGCUCCACAUUCCGACGGCAACGCCGUCACCUUACUCAUGCAGUUUGGCGCCGGCGGCGGCCUCCAAGUCCUCAGAGAUGGGAACUGGGUCGCCGUGCCCUGGCCGGAAACCGCCUUGCUGGUCGGCGUGGGAGACUUGCUGGAGGUAAUGACCGGCGGAAGGCUGAAGAGCCCCUGGCACCGGGCGGCGGUGCAGAAGGACGUCGAGCGGUUCUCGGUGGCUCUGUUCUACGAUCCGCCGCCGGAGGCUGAGAUUGGGCCGGUGGAUGGCAGCGGAGGCUACAAGAAAGUUGUUGCUGGGGAAUACUUGAAGAAUUAUUAUAGUGUUAGCCCAUCUCUGGAUAAAGUAGCCAUCAACUUUGCCAAGGUUGGUUAAGGAUCCGUUUGGUAUUGGUGUAUUGUGUUGUUGUUAUUAUAUCGUAUUUUAUUUUAUUAUGUUUCUUUUGUAUCGAUAAAAAUAAUGUUUGGAAGCUAAGUGUGACAUUAUGUUUAUUAUUGUGUUAAUGGAUAUUAUGUGAAUAACUAUGGUUGGUUAUCUCA